UCAUCCAUUUUCGCACAAAAAGAAAAAAAGACUGGUCCAAUUUCACAGAUUAGAUGACACAUUUUAUAUCUGUACACAGAGUAAUUAAAUGCUAUUGAUUUUAUGGAUUCAAACCAAAUGGACUGGACAGCUUCUUUCCCAAAGUGUACACAAAUCUAAAGUCAUUCUUGCACUAAAGACUGCUCAUCUAUCAAGGACUGUGUUCACUAAAUACCGUGUUGGUAUCUAUAUCAGUAUAAUGUAUUUAUUUAUACUGUAGUGUGCACCUUGUUGGGAGGCUUAAAACUAUCAAAGUACUGAGUAAAAUUACAAUAAAAUGCGUUCAAUUUCUAUUUCUACUUGCAAAUUGAAGAGGCAGAUUAGACCUCACUUGUCGGAAAUUGCGUCACCACAAACCCAGAGCCCUUUUGUCUCACGACCUCACUCGAAGGAAGUGUGUCGUAGACAGGUCGGGUAGCUCCGUACAAGAAAAGAAAAAAAUAGAAAAAAAUCAGGGGAGAAAAACUCGUUGGAAUUUUGGAUUUGGGAAUUUUUGGACGAAGUUUACGAAUUGUCCCGACCCGAGGGAUUCCCGGGGAGGGAACGAAAGUCUUCAGCGUCGGAAUGAUGGAAGAGUCCCACUUCAACUCCUCAUACUUCUGGUCUCACGUACCUACUGUGCAAGGACAGAUUGAAAACGCCAUGUUUCUGAACAAGAUGAAGGAGCAGCUGGCUCCGGACAAGAACCCGCCGUUCGCCCACUCGGCCCCCCACUACCCUGCCGCCGUGCUCACGGUGCCCGGCUCGGUCGCCAUGGACGCGGUGGCGGGGGGCCGGGUGCCGAAGCAGGAGGGUGGGGGAGGUGGCCCCGGGUCUCACCUGCACCCGCCUCACACGUCGCAGAACAUCACCGUGGUGCCUGUACCCUCCUCCGGCAUCAUGACCGCAGCGGGUUUUGUCAUCACCACCCCUCAGGGCACGCUGGUCUCGCCAGCCUCUUCUUCCCAGUCUUUUGUUUCGGGCCACCCCACCACCACCAUGAUCGUGUCGGCGCUCCACCCGCCCAACGCAGACAAGAAGGAUGUGGGCACCGUGCCUCCCAUCGUCAUCCCCACGCCGGGCAAGCGGGGCAGGAAGAAGAAGUCGGAGAUGUCACGGGUGGGGCCUACCACCACGGGCCACCAUGUGCUGCCCACGGGCAGUGAGGCGCUCAUCCUGGCCCACCUUGCUGCUGGAGGACAGCAUCACCCAUCAGACCCGUACGAUUUAUCAAACGAGGACGAGGAGCACGUGGUGAAGAACGGAACCAAGACGUACAGGUGCCGGAUGUGCGCGGUGACCUUCUUCAGUAAGUCAGACAUGCAGAUCCACGCAAAGUCUCACACAGAGGCCAAACCGCACAAGUGCCCCCACUGCUCCAAAUCCUUCGCCAACUCCAGCUACCUGGCGCAGCACAUCCGCAUCCACAGCGGGGCCAAGCCCUACACCUGCUCCUACUGCCAGAAAUCGUUCAGGCAGCUCAGCCACUUACAGCAGCACACACGAAACCACACGGAGUCCAAGCCACACAAGUGCCCCCACUGCACCAAGUCGUUUGCCAACACCAGCUACCUGGCGCAGCACAUCCGCAUCCACACAGGUGUGAAGCCGUACGCCUGCUCCUACUGCGAGAAGACCUUCAGGCAACUCAGCCACCUGCAGCAGCACAACAGGAUCCACACGGGUGACCGGCCGUAUAAGUGUGUGCAUCCUGGUUGUGAGAAGGCCUUCACACAGCUCUCAAAUCUACAGUCCCACCGUCGGCAGCACAACAAGGACAAGCCCUACAAGUGUCACAGCUGCAACCGAGGCUACACGGACGCCGCUAGCCUGGAGGUGCACCUGUCCACGCACACGGUCAAGCACGCCAAGCUCUACUCCUGCGGCCUGUGCAAUCGCACAUACACAUCGGAGACGUACCUGAUGAAACACAUGAGCAAACACAACCCUGAACACAUUGCCAACGCCGCCGCAGCAGUGGUGGUCACCCAGCACCCCCAGUCCGGCGCCAGCCAGAACCCCAGCUCAUCCCCGGGCCGCGUCGACGUGAGCAACAGCAGAGCAGACGGAGGCGCAGGUGGCACGGGAGGAGCCGGCGGUGGUGGUGGGGGUGGUGGUGGCGGGAGGGGGAGAGGAGGAGGAGGAGGAGGAUCUGGAGGAGGAGGACAAAGCCAAGAACAGUCGCAAGCGGCUCACAGCACCCCUGGCAGCUACCCCCAUGUGGACGGGGUGCCGUGCCCCUUUGACCUGCACCAGUACAAGACUGUAUCGGCGGGAGAUCUCCAGUACAAGCCUGUGAGCUUGGCAGGCCUUGCGGGCCACAAAGACCUUUGCCUGGCUGUGGCCGCCUCCACGAUCCAGGUGGAGCACCUAAACUCCUAGACUCCUAGACGAGAUGAGACGAGAAGAGAGGGAGGUGACCAAGACCGAGAGAAAAGGAGGAGGCGAGGGGAGCUGGAAAGAGCACUAAAGCACUGGCAGAAUGGCAAGGCUUUCAUUCUGUCUUACAGUACAGACAGUGUUUACUGAUGCAGAUCUUCAAUACGAUACCUCUGGGAAUGCCGUUCAGUUAUGUCCCAAUUUUUUGUUUUUGUUUUUGUAUUUAGAGAGGCUUUGUCAUUCGAAUGGUUGAAUGAAUGGAAGGGCUUUGAAUGCAUCCUUCCUGAGAAUGGCCAUCUAUCUACCCCAGUUGUAAAAUUUACAACUUUUAAAAUUUAAAUUCACCUCAAUUGAAUGGGCUCUGUAGGUAUAGGGGUUGGAGAAAUGAAUGGAAAGAAAUUUGCCUUUUAAAAAACAAUACAUGUGUCAGUAAUUAGAGUAGUACACAUUUUUGAAGGGAUGUAGGGGAAUUGCAAUAGAUUUCUCAAGGAGAAACUACCCUGGAAUAAGUUGUGCUGAUAAUGGUACAGGACCAAGAGAAUGCUUCGAUUGGGAUGCCAAAAGCAUCUUAGAACUGCCUCUUUCUCACUGAGGGUGUUAUGGUGCAUUCUUUUGAAACCUGGUUGUCGGAAACCCAGACCUCCGCCUUUGGAAAGCGCAAAAGAACGGGUACUCAACUCGGGGUUCCGAAACAGAAACUCUGAGAACUUUGGUGUACCCUGAGUUCGUUUAAUAUUAAUGUUUUCUGAUAUUUCUAUUGUCCCCAGCUUGCAAUAGAAUGCAACAGUUGUCUGGAGAACAACCUCGGGUCUACCGAUAGUCGAGUUUCAAAAGAAUGAGCCAUUAGUCGGGCAAUUGGGAUCACAUGCCUCUUUGCCCUCCUUCAUUAAGUCAAUCUAAACAUAGAACUACUUACUAUCGAUUAGAGUCCCUGUAGUCUCCAUGUGCCUAUUAUCAUUUUCUUUUAGCCUUGUAAACUAGACAAAACCUCACCGGCAGAAUAUGUUUUUGCCUGGUGGGUUGGUCUAGUCUUGCACCAUAGGGCCAUAGCAUUGCUAAGGAACGAAUGCAGACAUUUAGGAAAGAAGAAUCCUCGCAGAUCAGUUGGGCUUGCUUCAAAGCCGUUGAAUGGAGCCGUUUAAUGGUGUCCCCUAAUAUUUAAGUCAAUGCUUUGCACCUUUUCUUUCUUUUCAGCAUUGAAUCUAGCAGACUUAAUCUCUCAACGAUCUGUUUAGGUUGACCUUUUAGUUAAUUAACGAUAUUCCGUUAUAUUCAAAAUGCCAACAUAGCUCGAGGCUUAGAUCCUCUGAAUGUGUUCAACUCAUGGAUAAAUGAAGGGAAAUUACGUCGUGAUCAGAUUUUUAGGAAUUCACAAAUCCUUGUUUCCAUCUUUGUCUUCAUUUUUGUUUCCAACCCCUGUACAUAUCCAGCAGUACUUAAAAAUGGACAGAGUUAAUUCAGGAGUAUAAACAAUCAUCCCAGCAUCACCCGCUCCUCUUACUAUUGUCCACAUAAUGAGCCUUAAAUGCUCAUGGUCCUCUAAGAAGUCAGAUUCGAUCAGAGUAAAACUUGCAUUAACAUUAGAUUUCAUAAGUGAGCCCCAAUGCCUUUUCUAAACAUUCAAGGAAAAUCGCUAUGCAUCUGAUUUUUAGCAAAUGAAAUCAAAGAAAUAGACAAGGACUGUAGACACAAACACCUGCUACUGUAGUGAGACCACCACUGGCAGGGGUGAGUGAAAAAGUGAUCUGCUAGGAAGGAGUUGUCUUCUUUUUUAUUUGUUGACAUUUAUAUACGUAAGAUCUUCCUUGAAAGGUUUCCCUUUCGAUGGCUAAAGCCAUAAUGGUGCCGAUACUCUACUUAUGCUCUCUGUGAAAGUAACUUUUCAUACUUUACUACAGACAGUGGUCAUUUUAUAUGUAACUUCAGUUUUAUUAUUAUGGUUGUUGCGUUGCAUUUUUGUAAAGUCCCUAUUGUGUAUAAAGUAUGCAUUUAACCUUUUUUCAUGUUAAAAAGGGAUGUAUGUCUGCUUUGGUCCUUUCUAUGAGGGGGGUUAAGAGGGUUUUUGUUUUUUUCAUAUAAGUAUUCAAGUAUAUAAAACAUAUAUACAGUAUGUGAGGGUGAAGGGGGUGGGGUUCUGGAGGCUUCUUCUGUUGACCACCAAGUUGUUAGUUGGAACACGAUUGGCUGGUUGGUGCUGUAUGUAAUGCCCUUUCUUGUCUUUGGUUGUGUCUUUUUAAAAAUCUGUAUUCUUACUAUCAUUAUUAUUACAAAACGUACCCACCAUUAUAUUGUACUUUGUGCACCCAGCAUAGUAGAAUGAUAUGAACCAGAGUGUUUACCUCUAUCAAACCAAUAAAAGAAAUCUCAGUGUAAAAUAAUAAUAAUA